UAUAAAAGAGCUGAAAUUAUCCGGAAACUUCGCCAGACAAAAAUGAAGCGUGAACUAUUCGUCGCAAUACUUGCGUUGAUUCAUCUCCAAGGAUAUGCCAAAGGUACUCAGCCCAAUGAGUCUUUUGAAAUUGAUGAUAAAAUUUUCGGGGGUUACGAAACCACUAUCGAGGCAUUUCCCUAUCAAGCACUUGUGUUGGCUAAAAGAGGUCGAAGAUUGUCACUUUGUGGAGGCUCAAUAAUAAGCGAAGAACAUAUUCUUACCACUGCAUAUUGUGUCUCAGGGAAAGAUGUUUUCGUGGAUACUGGUAAUACAGUCGUACCGGCAAAUAUUCAGACCGCACAGUUAGAACCAGGAACAUAUCAGAUAAGUCCAAAUCAUGGAAUUGCCAUAAUAAAGUUGAAAAGCAAAAUGAAGCUUGACGGGAAAAUUAGGAAGGCCGUUGAACUUAUAGAAUCUGGUGCAGAUAUUCCAGCUGGUACUAAUAUAACUGUUAGUGGAUGGGGUCGUACUGUUCAAGAUGGACAAUUAAGUAGCAACUUACGGGCUGUGACAACGACAUUGCAAUCGGAUGAGAGAUGUAAACGAAUUUUUCCCCACUACACGCCAAAAAUGAUAUGUGGAGAAAGAUCUGAAGGAGCCUAUAAUGCUUGCCAAGGUGACUUUGGAUCUCCUGUCGUCAUUACCAAAUCUAAGAAACAAAUAGGUACUGCAUUGUAUAGUGCCACUGACGCCUGUGCAUCUGUUGUUUAUGCAAAAAUAGCAAAUGGAGAGAUCAGAAACUGGAUAAAAUCUGUUACAGGUGUUUAGAACAUCAACACUUGAUAUUCUUAAAUACAAUUUCAUUUCAAUAAAUUGUUAUAAAACA